AUUGACGCAGGACACAAGUUUGGUGGUGCAGUUUCCAGAGGGUGUUGCGACGGGUGCCGUCGAGGCAAAAGACACAAUGCGGCCAACGACAGUUGUGGCUGGCGACAGUGUCUACAUGCUUCUGAGAAAUCAGAGCGUUACACCGUCGGUGGAUAAAUUGGCUAAUGCACGUGACUGGGGACUUUUGCUGGUAAAGGGAAGCGUCAGUGGUGGCAAUGAAAUCACGUGGAAGGAGACCCAUGCGGUGACGUUUGGAAACGAUGAAUAUGUUGCUAAAUUUUCGACCCAGUUGGUUUCUGGCGGAGGGUCGGGGAUUAAGACGAAGGACGGUACGCUAAUGUUUCCCCUGCAGGCCGCAGAGAAAGGAACGACUUCAUUGCUGUCCAUGCGCUUUGAUAAUUCAGAGAAUAAAUGGAAGCUCUCGCACCAAACGGUUGGUGAUGGCUGCAGGGACCCGACCAUCGUGGAGUGGGGAGAAGAAAACAGACUCCUCAUGAUGGCUUCUUGUGAGCAAGGUUACCGUGACGUGUACGCAUCGACUGGGAGUGGGGUGGAUUGGUAUACAUAUGGUGAGACACUUACUCGCGUGUGGGGCAACUCACAUGAUCGAAAGGGGCACGGUGUCCAGAAUGCCUUCAUCAAAGUUACAAUUGAGGACAAGGAUGUGAUGCUCGUCACUCUGCCGGUGUAUCCGAAGGACGACAAUAAACAAAAGGGUCGGCUCCACCUUUGGCUGACGGACAAUACACGCGUGUAUGAUGUUGGGCCGGUAUCCCGUGAAACUGAUGACGCUGCCGCGAGCUCGCUGUUGAUGAAGAGUGGGAAUGAAAAGUUGAUCUCAGUUUACGAAAACAAGAAGGGCGACGGAUCAUACAGUCUUGUCGCCUUGAGCCUGAGGGAGCAGCUGGAGCGGAUCAAAUCCAUGGUGAAGACAUGGAAGGAUUUGGACAGCGCCUUGCGAACAUGCCGUUCCGGCUCCAGCGCCACUGUCGACCCGAGAAAGAAGGGUAUGUGCAAUGAUACUGUUCCCACCGACGUGCUUGUUGGCUUUUUGUCCGGUAACUUCUCUGAUAACACUUGGAAGGACGAGUACCUCUGCGUGAAUGCAACUGUGAAUAAUGGGGAGAGAAGGGUUCCCAAUGGAUUGACGUUCAAAGGGUCUGGAGCAGGUGCGGUGUGGCCUGUUGGCGACAUGGGGCAGACUGUGCCGUACUACUUUGCUAACAAUAAGUUUACUCUUGUGGCGACGGUGUCCAUCCACGAGGUGCCGAAAGAAAGCAGCAGUCCCAUCCCCUUGAUGGGUGUGAGAAUGAACGAUGCACAAGGCACGGUCCUCUUUGGUCUGUCGUACACCCACGACAAAAAGUGGAGGUUCACACUUCCCAACGGAGCUUAUGAAGGUGGGUAUAAUUGGCAACCAAACACAACACAUCAAGUAAUGCUGCAAAUGGAUUUCAAUAGCUGGUAUGUGUACGUUGAUGGAAUGCAGGUUUAUUAUGGGUACUACAAAGGGGAUCUUUUUAAAGAGCACAGGAUCUCGCACUUUUAUUUUGGCGCGGAGAAUAAGGAGGGUUCGGAAAGCAGCCACAUGACGGUGAGCAACGUCCUGCUGUACAACCGCAUAAUCUAUGGAAGUGAAAUUGCGCUACUCAAUGCCAGCAAAGUCCCUAUUCCAAACCCUGGUGAGGAGCCACGCUCGGUGCCGGAGAUUCCGCCGAGGCCCACCGGUGAAUUUGAGGCUACUCCAGUCAAGAGAAACGAAGAACCCCACGGCAGCCAUGCAGCGUUGGGUAACGGGGAUCCUGAGAGACAAAAUACAAGCCCCUAA